AAUUCCAAAAGCGGUGGUACACCGAAAUAGACAAGACAAGUAAGAACAGGAUUAACUGAAACCCUAAACAACCACAAUCGAUCUGGGUUCAUUGGAUUCAUUACACAAACCGGAGAGACAUGUCGGAGAAAGAGCACCCUCGGCUAAUUCUACACAAUUUCCUGUCGCCGGCAGAAUGCAAGGUUGUCCCUUUUUUGCUUAAUUUUGUGUCUAAUCAUGUGGGUUUGGUUAAUUUUGAGGUAAAAACAGGAACUUGAGCUUAUACACAAGAGUAGCAGUACAAUUGGGUACAGACCAAAUGUCUUCUCCACUACUCUCUCUCACCUCAUUGCCACUAAUUCUCCUCACCUCAUCAUCCCUUUUGUCUCCAUUAGAGGUCAAUCUUUUAAAACUCAAAGAUUUCGCUUUUGUCUUUAUAUCUUACUUUUGUGAGAUUCAAAGGGAUGAUCUUUGUUGUGUUGAGUUAACAGAGAGGUUGAAAGAGAAGAUAGAGGAAACAUUUGGGUGUGAGUAUGAGCUUUUUAUUGAAUUCACAGGUUUGAUUAGUUGGUGCAAAGGAGCUAGCAUUGGUUGGCAUAGUGAUGAUAACAGAUCAUAUCUAAAACAAAGAGAUUUUGCGGCAGUUUGUUACUUGAAUAGUUACGAGAAAGAUUUCAUAGGCGGUCUUUUUCGUUUUCAGAGUGGUGAACCAGUAACCGUUGCUCCAUCGGCUGGUGAUGUUAUCAUGUACACAGCUGAUGACCGGAAUAUUCACUCAGUUGAUGAGGUAACAGAUGGAGAAAGAUUGACUCUUGCACUCUGGUUUAGCCGGGACUCAUCACAUGACGAAGAUUCCAAGCUUCUUUCUCGUCUUUCACAAUGUACAUCACAUGAAGUGUGCCUCCCUUUGCCUGCAUCCACUAACAUGUACUGGUUCUGUCCUCAUCAAGAUGGUUCUAAUCAAAACAUAGGUUUUGAUGUUUGCGUUGCGAGGUUGCAUCUUCUUGGUUUUGAUGUACAUAGCUUACAAGGCGAAGAUCAUUCUACGGAUGCCUCUGAACAACUUAUGGGACCACUACAAUUAGCUAAAGGAGGAAAGUUACUCACCCGAAAAUUUGCCAACAUUCUUCAUGCUCUUCAGGUUGUUCAGUUCUACCAUUGGAAAGCUUCUGAACUCGUAACUUCUAAUGUCGAAAAUGACACAUUAGAAGAGGUGAAAGCUAUGUCCCACUCUCAGUUGGAAACUAUCAAUGCCCUGAAAUCAGUUUUCCUGCUAGAUGAGAACCUCGUAGCCACAACUUUUGGAUAUUCGUGCUCUGGUGAGGAUCGAAAGGAUUCACUCGACUUGACGGGUAUAGCUCUCGCGGUUACCUCUUGGGAAGAGUAUAGCUGUAAGUUACUCAAGGAGCUAUUAUCAUCCUUGCCUCAAUGGAAAACUUAUCAAACUAUACACAAAGUGGAAUCUGAUUAGAAAUGAAUUCUGAGUUACUGUUGAAUUGAGUAGUUAACAACUUGAAAGUGAUUCUCUUGGCUUCAAAGAACAGCUUCUCAAUUAUCUCUUUGUUUGAUCUUACACAUAAUCAUGUUAUAAUAUCCUUCAAGAUUGUUGCAAGUAAUUUUGUAAGAUACAGAGAAUCAAAGUUAAUUUUGGGAUUGGAUACAGAAAGAGAUCUCAAACGUUGGGGCCUAAAAGAGAGAGGAGAAAAGUCCUGUAAUGACUAGUUGUAUCAGAAUGAACAGCAUUGUACAAAGUCUUCUUGUAUCUCUUACGGUAUUCUGUGAUGAUGAACUGCAUAUCCACCUCUGCUCUCGUCACCACGAUUCUUAUCAACGCCGUGUCAUCUGUUCCUAAUCCUUUCAUUGAUUUCCUCAAUGCCUGCGCUU